AUGUAUCGCACCAAUCACAGCAAGGAAACAUGUCGAAGCUGUGGUCAAGAUGACUGGCUUGUUGGCAACAGCCGCGAGACGAUCAACCACUACUGCUCCGACCGCAUGGCAUGCCACACAAGGCUGUGCAAGCCAGAUAACCGGAAAGAGGGAUCCAUCUACGAGCGAGGAUCUCUCUGCAAUACUUGUCUCAAAGCCGGCAAUAAUUAUAUGCUGGCUUGUGCGGGCACUUCUGGCCUCCCUCGUCUCGACGUCUGCGCCACAGCCAGACAUCAAAUGGAGUGGCUUCGUUAUGAUGCGGAUGAUUGCGCUGAUUCAUUGGGAAUCUCCACAUUAAGAACAACACAAAAAAUGACUGGACCUCUGAGUGGUAUUUGGAGCAGGUUCACAGCUGUAUACGAAUUAGCAAGGAAAAGGCUAGCCCAGGAAGCUCAUGAGCUGAAGGACAUGUCGGAGUCAGCAGACAAUACGCCCGCACCCUCGUCAGUUUGA